GCUCUCCCUCAAAUUGCCACCUACAAACUUUAGAAAACCAACUCAAACUAAUAAUUUUAAGACAUCCACUUCCUAUUUCUCAUAUCUCAGGCCAUGGUCUUGGGUAGCCAAGAAAACUUGGUCUAUGGCAUUAAGCUUUCAUCAGUCGGGCCAGGCCGGAUUACCGGGUCGGAUGUGGUUCAUGACCCGAGUGGCAUGGACUUGGCUAUGAAGCUCCACUACCUUAGAGGAGUGUACUUUUUUAGUAGCCAAGCAGCCCAAGGGCUAACCAUAGUGCGCAUGAAAGAAGCUACGUUCACUUGGCUAAAUGUACACUACCGGGCAUGCGGACGGUUUCGGAGAUCCGAAUCCGGCCGGCCCUAUCUCAAGUGUAACGAUUGUGGGGUGAGGUUCCUUGAAGCAAAGUGUGACAAGACGAUUGAGGAAUGGCUAGAGAUGGACUUGUCUCACCAGAAGCUGCUUGCUUCAAACCAAGUCAUUGGACCUGAACUAUUCUUCUCUCCACUUGUUCUCUUCCAGGUUACUCAUUUCAGAUGUGGAGGCAUAUCAUUGGGUCUUAGCUGGGCCCACGUGUUGGGAGAUGCCUUUGCAGCUUCCGAUUUCGUCAACGGCUUGGGGCAAAUUAUGUCUGCUCUUGAGCCCAAUAGGCUACCAAACUAUACAACAUCAAACAAAAAGUUCCAGAAACUUGAAAACCCACCACCCCCACUCUCCAUAAAACAGGUGAACCCAGUUGGUGACCAUUGGAUAACUCCCAUUAACUGUAAAAUGGAAACACUUUCAUUCCCUAUCACUGCCACCCAGCUAAACAACUUGCAAUUCAAGAUAUUGGGUCAAAACCAAAUUCAUCAAAUUCCAAUUUUCGAACUCAUUUCUGCCAUAAUUUGGCAAUGUGUAGCCAAAGUUAGAGGGUCGGAGCCAAAAUUGGUGACAAUUUGCAAAAAUGACCCAAAAGAGAGGGCAAGAGGGGAAGGCAGCAACAGUCAGAUUAUAAGCACAGUCAAGGCAGAUUUCAGCAUUACAGACGCGGAUCCAAAAAAGUUGGCAACCUUGCUAGUCAAGCAAGCCGGGAACGAGAGAUCCCAAAUAGAAGAAGCUAUGGAGAAUGAUAAUGGAGUGGCUGAUUUUGUUGUGUAUGGAGCCAAUUUGACGUUUGUGAAUUGGGAAGAUGCUGAUUUCUAUGGGUUGGAAGUGAAAGGGCAUAAGCCGGUUUACGUGCUUUAUAACAUACAAGGUGUUGGAGAUGAAGGAACUGUUUUAUUGCUGCCAGGGCCUAAAGACUUUGGUGUGGGUAGAGGUGAAGGAAGAGUGGUGAAUAUUAUUUUGCCAGAGAAAGAAGUGUUUGGGCUGAAAUCUGAGUUGAGAAAGAAUGAUCUGUUGCUUGAGAAUGAGCUUGAAUGAGCGCAUAUGUGCGGUAAUUAGAAUUUGGUGUGUGUUAAGUGUGAUGUGUGGACAAUAUUUAUAGGUAGCUAGAUUUCUGUGUAAUUGAGAGAUGAUCAAAGAGUUGAGAAAAUAUUUAUGAAAAAUAACUGAGCGUUAUGGCUUC